AUGUCUUCGAAUCCUACCACAAAAGAGGUAGUUGUGGCGGCACCCGUCGAACCUCACAAUCUGCGCAAAGAUAAAAGUCUAUGGCGUGAUUUGACCUCCUACUGGAUAUUGGGUCUCUGCAACAACUACGGCUAUGUUGUGAUGUUGAGUGCCGCUCAUGAUAUUAUUGGGCAAUUUCAUGCGGAUACCCCCUCGGAUAACGAUGUCAGCGGCAAUGGACGUGAGUGUCAUAUUGUCUCAACGGGUGCUAUUCUUUUGGCCGAUAUUUUACCCUCCUUGUUUGUGAAAAUCAUUAUGCCCUUCUUUCCCUUUUGGGUGCAUUUCCGUAUUGCCUUGGCUGUGAUAUUCUCCGCUGCCGGUUUCCUUUUGGUCGGUUUUGCCUCAGCCGAAUGGAUGGCUCUGCUGGGUGUGAUUAUCACAUCGGCUAGUUCGGGUAUUGGAGAGACCACCUUCUUGGCGUAUUCAUCGAAUUUUAAUAAAAACGUUGUCUCCACCUGGUCCUCUGGUACGGGUGGUGCCGGUGUCAUUGGUUCCCUCUCCUAUGCUACCCUGCGUUCCCUAGAUGUCAGCCCUCGCGAUACCAUGUUAAUUAUGUUAGUCUUCCCCGUCAUUGAGGCCCUUUCAUUUUGGGUACUGUUGAGGAAACCCACCGCCGUUUUACCCGUCACCAAUGUUGAAUCAACCGAAGAACUCAUUGUCGAUGAUCGUCCUCUAGAAGGUUUCAAGGAGAAAUUGAUCUACAUUAAACAGCUGGUGAAAUAUAUGGUUCCCUUGGCCUUGGUCUACUUCUUUGAGUAUUUCAUUAAUCAGGGAUUGUUCGAAUUGGUCUACUUCAAGGACACCUUCCUGGACAAGGCUGCCCAAUAUCGUUGGUUGAAUGUGGACUAUCAAAUCGGCGUCUUCAUAUCCCGCUCCUCGGUUAACGUGUUCCAAUUGAAUAAGAUAUGGUUGAUGUCCGUUUUCCAAUUCGUCAAUGUGGUGUACUUCUUGACAGAGGUCAUCUACUUUUAUACUCCUAGUAUUUGGAUAACAUUCGUGAUUGUCCUGUGGGAAGGUUUGCUGGGUGGUGGUGCCUAUGUUAAUACCUUCUAUCGUAUGUCCAAGGAGAUACCACCUGGCCGUCGACAAUUUGCCAUGGCUAUGGUGGUGCAAUCAGAUUCCUAUGGUAUUGCCCUAGCUGGAUUCCUAUCGAUACCGGUCCACAAUGCAAUUUGUGCCUUGCCAGCGGCUGUGAGAAGUAUAUCGUGGUAA